AACUCUCUUCUCAUUACAACACACACUCACACAUCCUUUCCCUUCCCUUCAUUUUGCAAUGGCGGGCCGCGAUCUUGUGCCGGCAACCACCAAGAACCCCCCCUUGGCCGGUGAGAAACCCCCUCAGGGCACCAAAACCACCCCGGCUCUGACUGGAGGAGCAUCCACUCUCACCCCUUUGGUCGAUCACAGGAUGCAUAAUCCUGUGACUGACCACAGGGCCAACACUCCCGUGGCGGAUCACAGUUUGAGGCCUAGCCAUGAACAUGAUCACGUCUCCACUAUGCCCCUCUCCCUGAGACCGGGCUUGACCGGUCGCAGCCACCCGAUGUCUGGGGAGCGCGGCUUCUUCUCGUCCGACGAGAGUGCCCUCAACAAGCAGAUCCAGGCCACUCACGCACCCGAUAUGGAGGACAUCAACGUGAGGCCGGUCCUCGCCAUCAUCGAGGACAUCCUGCGCCUCGCCCGACCUUCAGCCGAGGAACAUAUCCCCACUAAUGCUCUUGCUACUACUACUCAUGGAGCUCAGACUCAUCCCCACUUGGAAAUGUCGGCCGAUAAGGUCUCCCGCGGUGCAUACCACGACGAGAAGCCUUAUCAGACUGGCUAUCGCGAUGAGAAGGCCUACCAACCUUCUUAUCGCGACGAGAAGGCCUACCACAACACCUCUUAUCUCGAGACGGAGAUUGUCAAAAUACUAGCCUUCCCGAUCAACAAGGUCUCAUGCGAGAUCGUCUGCAAAUCUGCGGGUGGGGGAGAGUCACACCAAGUGACAAUGGACCUCCUGAAAUCCCUAGGCAGCUACACCUGGGAUGCCAAGAUCGUGAUCGCCUUCGCGGCCUUUGCCAUCAACUACGGCGAGUUCUGGCUAGUGGAGCACCUCCACACCAAGAACCCUCUGGCCAAGAACAUUGCCACUCUGAAAGACCUCCCGGACACGAUGGCUGUGGCCGGGGGAGGCGAGCUGAGGAAGCAGUUCGACGCUGUCAUCGACUUGCUCACCGAGAUACUCAAGGUCACCCACUGCAUCAUCCAGUUCAAGGAGCUGCCGCCUCUCUACAUCAACACUCAGUCGCCUGAGAUCACUGCUGCCACGGCCCACAUCCCCUCUGCCGUCUACUGGAGCAUCCGAGGCCUACUCGUCUGCGCAUCCACGCUCCUCAACCUCAUUGGCGGCGGCCAUGAGUUCAUGACCUCUACCUCUGCUUCGUGGGAGAUACUCAACCUGGCCCACAAGCUCAAAGUCAUCCUUGAUCACUUGCAGAAUCAAAUGAAGAUUUGCAAGGAAAUCAUUGAGAGGAAGAAGUUUGAAGAUGCCUACAUCAAGUUCAAGAGGCUUCUAGAAACGGCUCACAUCGACAACAUGCGAGUCCUGACCGAGCUCUUCCGGUUCAGAGAAGACCAAAGGCCUCUCUACGACGGCUCAAGAAGGACUAAUGAGCAACUAACAGUGCUGAAGAUGAAAUACGUCCUGCUCCUGAUCUCGGACCUGGAGCUUCCCCCGGAGGAGCUCCACGUGCUCCACAUCAUCCACAACGAGAGGUCGGUGAGGCACGACUACGAGGUGCUUUGGCUCCCGAUCAUGGCCCACGGGAGUACCAUGACUGAGUUUGAUGAGAAGAAAUUCUACGACCUCCGCAAUAGCAUGCCAUGGUACUCUGCUGACCACCCGAACAUGGUCAACCCGGUGGCCAUCCGGUACGCCCGUGAGGAGCUCCACUUCACUCAUAGGCCGAUGCUGGUGGUCCUCGACCCGCAUGGGAAGCUCUCCAACCACAACGCCCUCCCAAUGAUGUGGAUCUGGGGCGCCAAGGCGUUCCCCUUCACCAAGGAUUGGGAGAGGAAGCUCUGGGAGGAGUCUGACUGGAACAUCGAACUCCUCGCAGAUCACAUUGACCCCCGCAUCCAAGAAUGGAUUAACGCGAACAAGGUGAUCUGCCUCUACGGUGGGGACGACAUCGUCUGGAUCCGGAACUUCACCGCGGCCGCGCGUGCUGCUGCGCGCUCGGUCGGGGUGACCCUCGAGAUGCUCUACGUGGGGAAGCGCAACCCUCGCGAGAAGGUGCGCCAGUGCCACGACGUCAUAACCCGGGAGAAUCUGAGCCACAUCUUCGCCCCAGAGUACUACGACUACGUGUGGUACUUCUGGGAGCGCCUGGCCAGCAUGUGGAACUCCAAGAAGCAGAUCGGACGGACCGUGGAGGACGACCGCAUCAUGAAGGGCAUUCUGGACCUUUUGACGUUCGACAGCAGCGAGAAGGGGUGGGCCGUUUUCAGCAGGGGAAACUACGAGAUCACGAUGGGGAUCGGGGAGAAGGUGCUGCCCGUGGUCGAGAGGUACGCCGAGUGGGCGUACGAGGUGGACCACCCGGACAAGUUCGUGCCGGUGCUGGACAAGCACCUCUCCGGGUUCCACCCCGACCACCACUGCCACCGCCUCAUACUUCCUGGGCAGGCCGGCUACAUACCGGAGACAGUCGUGUGCACCGAGUGUGGGAAGAUGAUGGACAAGUUUGUUAUGUACCGCUGCUGCACCGACUGAGGAGGAGGUGGUGGGGAGUGGUUGGCAUGCAUUGUUUGGCAUGAAAUAAAAAUUUGAAGAUGUUUGUAUGUUUUUUUUAUAGUUCUGUUUUGUUGAGGAUAGUCAGCGGUGUUGGUGUUGCUGGCUGCUGAGUGAUAUGUAUUGAUGCCAUAUUACUAUUACUAUCUGCUCAUUAAUAAGAUCUGCAUUGUUUGUUUUUUUUUUA